GGACAACUCAGGCCUGGCUAGAGACCCGUUGCGAAGCAGCCACGCCGGGCUUGUUUGGCGCCAAACCCUGAGGUUCUCUAAUGAUCCUCCUUCACCAUGACAACCAAUAUGGAGGUGCUGGCUCAGCAGAUAGUGGAGACACAGCAGGUGGCUGAGGUGCAAACUGUACAGACAACAUUAUCUGAAUCUCCAGUGAUGACCAGCCCUUCCCAACGAAUCCAGAUAAUCUCCACAGAUUCUUCAGUAGCUUCACCACAGCGCAUUCAGAUUGUCACAGAUCAGCAAACAGGGCAGAAAAUCCAAAUAGUAACAGCAGUGGACUCAUCAGUCUCCCCAAAGCAGCAGUUUAUAUUGGCUAGUCCAGACGGAACAGGAACAGGGAAAGUGAUAUUGGCUGCACCUGAGGCUUCUAAUACCAAGCAACUUAUCUUUACCACCACAGAUAACAUUGUGCCAGGCAGAAUACAGAUUGUGACUGACUCUGCCUCUGUGGAACGUUUGUUGGCUAAAACUGAUGUCCAGCGACCCCAAGUAGUAGAAUAUUGUGUUGUCUGUGGAGACAAGGCAUCAGGUCGUCACUAUGGUGCUAUCAGUUGUGAAGGAUGCAAAGGCUUCUUUAAAAGGAGUGUGAGGAAAAAUCUGACCUAUAGUUGCCGUAGCAACCAGGACUGUAUCAUCAAUAAACACCAUCGGAAUCGCUGCCAGUUUUGUCGGCUAAAAAAAUGCCUUGAGAUGGGAAUGAAAAUGGAAUCUGUACAGAGUGAAAGGAAGCCAUUUGAUGUGCAGCGUGAGAAGCCAACGAACUGUGCUGCUUCAACAGAAAAAAUCUAUAUCAGAAAGGACUUGAGAAGUCCUCUAAUAGCAACCCCAACUUUUGUAGCAGAUAAAGAUGGGGCUAGAUCAGCUGGCCUUCUUGAUUCAGGGAUGCUUGUGAAUAUUCAGCAGCCGUUAAUAAGGGAAGAUGGUACAGUGCUCCUGGCUACAGAUUCCAAGGCUGAGACAAGCCAAGGUGCCUUGGGGACACUAGCAAAUGUUGUAACUUCACUUGCUAGUCUAAACGAGUCGCUUAAUAAUGGAGACACUUCUGAAAUUCCACAAGAAGACCAAUCUGCAAGUGAGAUCACUCGUGCAUUUGAUACUUUGGCUAAAGCACUUAACACCACAGAUGGAGUAACAGCUCAGAAUCUGGCAGAUGGGAUGGAUCCCACUGGUGGUGGGAACAUUCAUGUAAUCAGUAGGGAUCAGUCUACGCCAAUCAUUGAAGUUGAAGGACCCCUCCUUACAGAUACUCAUGUGACAUUUAAGUUAACCAUGCCAAGCCCAAUGCCGGAGUAUCUGAAUGUGCAUUACAUUUGUGAGUCAGCAUCCCGCUUACUUUUUCUUUCCAUGCACUGGGCUAGAUCCAUUCCUGCUUUUCAAGCACUAGGGCAGGACUGUAAUACAAGCCUCGUCCGUGCAUGCUGGAACGAACUGUUUACUUUAGGCCUUGCACAAUGUGCACAGGUGAUGAGCUUGUCAACUAUUCUGGCAGCCAUUGUCAACCAUCUACAGAACAGCAUACAGGAAGAUAAACUUUCUGGAGACCGAAUAAAACAAGUGAUGGAACACAUCUGGAAGCUUCAGGAGUUCUGUAAUAGCAUGGCUAAGCUUGAUAUUGAUGGAUAUGAAUAUGCUUACCUUAAAGCUAUAGUCCUCUUUAGUCCUGGUAAGGCAUUUGAUCACCCUGGUCUCACAAGCUCCAGCCAAAUAGAAAAAUUCCAGGAGAAAGCUCAGAUGGAGUUACAAGACUAUGUUCAAAAAACAUAUCCAGAAGAUACUUACAGACUAGCCCGGAUUCUAGUUCGCCUGCCAGCACUUAGACUGAUGAGCUCUAGCAUUACUGAAGAACUCUUUUUUACUGGGCUCAUUGGAAAUGUUCCAAUAGACAGUAUCAUCCCUUACAUAUUGAAAAUGGAGACAGCAGAAUAUAAUGGCCAAAUAACAGGCUCAUCUUCCUAGAAGAGAUCAGUGCGUCUUCACAGAUCAACCGAGUAAUCAUAAUACACCGAUUAACCUUGGCAUUAUGUACAAAUAUUUUGAUCAUGUUCCCUUUUCUUGUUAAAUUUAUUCCUUUCCAUAUUGAAAGACAACUUAUUCCUAUCCACAUUGAAAAACAAGAUUUUAAAACCUGUAAAAAAUGCUUUUUCUAGGAUCCACUUCUGCCAGAAGAAAUACUUUAAUGCCUUUUGAUGAAAGGGUUACAGGGAGUUGCUGAGCAAGAUUUUUAUUUGGAAAUUAUCAGUGAGCAAAAAUAGGUUCUAUAAUAUCAGAAUACUUGUUAAAAAGUACUUAAGUAAGAACGCUGGCUUGGAUCCAAAGAACUGCAGGUGGAGUUCUGCUCAUGAAAUGAGUCUCUCUUAAUCCCUCUGCCUUCAUGCAGCCAUGCCAAGUCACGCCUAAGCAGUAACAACCCAUGCAGCAGUGCAGGUGAGGCACCACUGCUCUUGAUUUUCAGGCGCAGUAUGCCACUGGCACACUCUCUCUUCUUCACAGGAUGGAGAGGGGUGAGGAGUUCAGGGCUACGUAGGCACAUGAGGGCAUAUGUUUGGCUCUGUGAUGCCACACAAAUCUGAUUGGCAAGUCUGAUUGGCUCUAUCAUGCCACCCAGCCCCAAGUAGCUCACCGGGGCAAGACGGUUU